GCCUGGGGUAAUUGGCUGGGGAUGCUGGGGGAGAUAGAGAGAGGGGCAAGCGGACAUCUGUGUAGUGGCAUCCCGGCCUCCAGGGACAACACACAGGGAGAUGGCAAGGGACACCUUCUCCAAGUGAUUCACUCAGUUCCCACGGAAACACAAUAUCUCAGUUUCCGUGUUGCCACUGUGAGGCAGCAGCCAAUCAGCAGCCUUAACAGAAGCACAUGUUGUGAGAGAGCAGUAGGAUAAUUACAAACUCAAGUGAGUGAGAGAGAGUGAGAGGUAGUUGCUAGCACUGCAAGAGAGGUGAGAGAGACUGUGUGUGGAUCUACUCCUUGUGAAGUGUUUGUCAUGGGUACAGGAUAAGUUGCCCUGCCCGUCUGUGCCUGACCCCCCAACUCACCCUCAGUGACUGGCUGGCCGGAGUCCUGGCACGGGGGCCGGCUGGCCACAUGGUAUGGAGGAGUGGGAGGUGUUUCCCACCAAGUCGGAUACCCAUGGAAUAGUGCAUUACCAGGAUGAACCCUUCCCUGUGCUAGAGGCACCCGACUCUCAUAGUACAGUUCAAUACCAAGACGAACCCUACCCGGUCUUAGAUGCACCCGAAUCACAUGGAAUGGUACAAUAUCAGGAAGAAUCCUACCGGGUAUCCGAUGCACCCGAUUCCCAUGGAAUAGUACAUUACCAGGACGGACUCUACCCGGUCCGAGAAGCAUCAGAUCCUCGGGUGAGAGUUCACUACCAGGAUGAACCUUACCCUGUACUAGAGGCCCUGCCGAGACCGGACACACCAGUUGUUAUACAGGAAAACUCUGGCCAAGAGGUUCAGCGUAUCAGCGUGAUCACCAACCUGCCUGACCUGCUGCAGGACAACCAUGCUGACUGUAUGCGAAGAGUCGUGCCCAAAGUGCGGGAGGUGCUUCAUGUGGCCCAGACCGAGAUGCAGUUGGCAGCAUCCUCUGCGUUCCUGCAGAUCCUGCAGCGGGAGCUGGUCCCAAUCCACAACUACGCCUCUACAUUCCUCCAGACCAUCCUGGGCAGCGUGGACAGCAAGGACCCAGAUGUUGCUGCGGCCUGGUUGGACACGCUGUUGGAUGUCAUCGACCUGCUGCCAAAAGAUGUCAUCAAGUCAGAUGUUUUGACGAUAGCAGUGGCCAAAGGUCAACUGUCCCAGGCUGUCCAGGCGCGACUCUCCUGCUGCAAGAUACUCGGCAAGAUCGCCACCAAAUUUGAGCCCUUCAUCAUCAAGAAGGAGAUCCUGCCAGUGGUCCAGUCUCUGUGUCAGGAUGUGGACUACGAAGUCCGUGGGUGUAUGUGUCAGCAGUUGGACCCUGUGGCCAGGGGGCUCGGCCUUGAAGCCACCAAAAGUGCAAUACUCCCAGAGCUGGUGGAGUUGACAAAUGACGAGGAGAGCUAUGUCCGCAUCACAGGACUGGAGACGGUCGUCAGUAUACUCAGCCUGUUAGACGAUGAUACCUGUAUCACAACAAUCAUUCCACUGGUGACAAAGUUCUGCCAACAGUCUAUGCUGGCCGAAGACUCCACACUUCCUGUGGUUGCUAGGCAACUCGGUCGACUCUGCCAUGGCUUGUCAGUCAACCUAUCGGAGGAUCAGAAGCACUGGUUUGUGGACUACUUCAGGAAAAUGUGUCGGGUCGGGCUGUCAGAGAAAAACAAGGGUUCCAAGGACUCGGACAAGGAAUCGCCCUCCAAGCAAAUGGCCAUCCCUGACCUGUUUGCGGAAGAGGAUCAGUUUUUGGAGUGCAGGAGGAACUGUGCCUACAACUUCCCCGCAAUGGUGUUGUUUGUUGGGACGCGUUCUUUCAAGACGGAGCUGUUCUCCACCUUCAGCGGUCUGUGCAAAGAUCCUCACAUCCUGGUGAGGCGGACCAUGGCCAGUGGAUUGCAUGAGGUAUCCAAACAACUCGGGAGUGCUGUGCAUCUAAUUCAAGGGGACCUCAUGAACCUACUCAAAGAUGAUUCUAUCGAGGUUCUGCAGGCGAUGAUCGCUCGUCUACCGGAGACUCUAGAAGUGCUGGCUAAAGGCGGCAGUGGAACUAUCACUGAGGCCAAGAUGCACAGUCUGUCCGAGGUGGUUCCCGCCCUGCUGGUGGCGGACAGUGUCAUCUUCACGUCCAACAACUGGCGAGCCCAGGAGGAGCUGAUGUUCAGUCUGGCCUGUCUGCCCAAGUGCUGCUCCAGUGAUGCAAUCAGCAAUAAAGUCAUUCCAGUCCUCUUCCAGAAACUCUUCACAGCGAGAGCAAUUCCUGUGCGACAUGCGGCUGCACGGACGUUGCUGGUGUUGCUGCGGUACCUGAAAAGACAGGACCAGAGAGAGGAGCUUAUUGCUCACAUAAUUGAAGAUUUCUGUCGUGGGAGAAGCUGUCAUCAUCGAAGUCUGUUCAUUGACAUUUGCCGCUUUGUGAUGGAACUGUAUUCAAAAGCAUUUUUCAAGGAGCAUUUCUUUGAAAAUGUAUUGGAACUAACGUCUGAUCCUGUGGCAAACAUCCGGUUGCGCCUGUGUACUGUGUUACCGUUGCUCAAGCAGCUGAUCAAACUACCCUACGAUCGCAACUUGCUGCAGCAGCUGGAGGCCAGUGUCAGGAGGAUUCUCAUCAAUGAGAAGGACAGAGAUGUUAUCUCAGCCAUUAAACAGGCAGUGGAGGAGCUGGACCGGAUCCAUGUUCAGAUGGAGUCAUUGUUGUCUCGGAGGAAAAACUUUGAAGAUGACAUUGAAGACCAGCUGAAGGAGGACCAUGAGAAGCUGCUGCUGGAGCAGGAAGAAAAAGAACGCAAGGAGGAAGAGGCCAAAGCAGCCAAGGGAGAUAAGCGCAAUGCUGCCAAACAAAAAGAUAAUGGUUCGAGUAAAAUACCGGGUCCCAAGGGUAAAGGUGGUAAAACAGCAAAAGAUGUCAAAGAAAUCAAACGAACACCAAGUACCUCAUCUUCUUCCAAUACUUCCAUGAAUGCUUCUAAAGAUGUCAAGGGUCGUGUCUCCACUGUGAGGAACUCACAUCUGGUCAAAUCUAAAUCUACUACUUCCAUUCCAUCACUGUCACAAAUCCCUCGUCGAGAUUUACAGCCAAGUCGCAUUCCACUGAAGCCCAAAAACGAUGGGCUCCCUGUCGGCAGCAGCAUGAAUCGUGUAGCCCCAAGCGGCGGCAGUGGCAGCGGCAGCAGCGUAGGUGUUGGUGGCAUCAGCAAGGAUUCUAAACUGGGCGGGUCGCCCAAGAAGGAGUUAGUGUGUAAAAUCCCGGUGUAUUGCUCAGUGCAGUCAGCCACUGGUGGCAGCAGCAGCAGCAGUAGCAGCAAGAUGACGAAGCCUGCAGCGACAGCAGUGAGGUCUGGGACACUAGCAGCUCCAAGCAGUGCAGGAGUCAGGAAGAGUUCCAUGGGCAGUCUGCCAGUGUCCAGUGUGACAGCCAGGCGAGGAUCACUGAACAGCGCCAGCAGCACCGCUAGUGACUCUAAACUCACCGUGAAGGCCCGCACAGGCUCAGGAACCAACGGUCUUGCAACAGGCAGCAAGAAGGCUUCCAAAUGACCAUGUGUGUCGACGUGUGCUUGUAUAUACACAGCCUGGAGAAAUGUGUGAUGUGUGGCACUGAUGCAUCUGUGUGCUGGCUGCUGUUUGUCUGCACGGAGCGUGAUGCAGCACUUUGGCAGUCCCAAUUCCGUCCACAAACCACGGAGCAUCAGCAGAUCAUGUGACUUUGGGUUGGGCUCCCUAAAUAACCCCCACCUUUCCGUGCUGUCUUUUGUCUGUGUAAAUGUCUUUGUAUCAAGUGCUAUCGAGAAUGGUGGCGGCGACGGUUAGGUGAUAUCGGAACAUUCCAACCAGUACACAUAGGUAGUAGCAUGGACUUGUUCGCCCUUCCCUGUUUAAAGACAGAACAAGGGAGUUGUGAUGCCGAGACGGGCUUCCGUUUGUAGCUGUAGACAAAGGUGGGACUUGUGCAUCAUCGUUGGAAUACUCAUGGACGGACAUGUACUUCCUGUCAACAGGUCGCACUGUAAGGCCAGCAUACCACUAUCUAACAUAGGUGUACAUACGGCAAUAUGUUAAUAACCCUCGGUGUGCAGCAGUGUCACAGUGUGCAAGGGGAGAUAACUCUAUGUGAAUUCGGGGAGCUGCUACUUCUUUGUAUGAAGGAGUGAGAUAUCGUCCCUGUUGAGGCCUGAUCAGCUGACUGAUAGAUUCUGCUGCUGCUAUGUUUGGAGGAGUGUGAGAUAUCAUCCCUAUAUAGGUCUGAUCAGCUGAGUGAUGGAUUCUGCUGCUGCUGCUGCUGCUGCUGCUGGUAUCAACUGUGAUAGUAGAGGAAUAGUUCUCCUGAUUUGACCAAUACUAACAUUAUGCACUAUGUACUGUUAGAGAUGAGUGUUACAGCUGUAUCAAUGUCUGUAUGUAUAUCAUCCAUAUCAGCACGUCAGUAUUCAACCUGUUCGUCAUGGACACUGUGACUAUAUUCAGCUCUCUCGUUCCCCAGACACUCUCUUCUUGUAUUACCGGACUUUGGCAUUCAUUUGUGUUCAAACUUGAUUCUUUAUUAUCAACAGUUUAUACUGAAAAGCAAUGUGAAUUGUGAUUGGUUUGUUUGUAUGUUGUGUGAAGGUCAAAUGGAAUGCAGUAUAUAUCCACCAAUGGAAUAUAUAUAUCUAUGUACACCAAGUUAUAUCACACGUUCAUGGGACACCGAUGGAUAAAUGCACAAAUGUUGCUGUGUUUUCAGGUUUUGAGAAACCUUUUCUGUGAGAAGUCUGCACAGGCCAGAUGUUAUAGCAUAUGAAGUCCGUAUCUCACAGCUGAUAGAGAAAAUGACAUAUCCAUUAGUUUGUACAAUUACAUAUACUACUCAAAAGAAGUUAAGGACCACCCGAUUCUUUCAUAUUUCUAUAGUUCAUCUGUCAUGCCAGAAUAAAUUUAAGGUCCUUAACUUCUUUUGAGUAGUAUAUAUCACUGUCAAAGUUUUAACUGACCGGAGCCGACAUGGACACACCCGAUGGAUCUGACUGUCUGAAGCGGGGCUGCUAGUGUCUGGUCUAGGGCACAGACAGGAUAUAAACUUACUGUGCGUUUAGUUUACAGGUUUCAAAUUUGAUUUGUCACCUAUAAAUUUGAUUUGAAAUAUGUUGACAUGAUUUUAAAUUAGAGUUUGUAACAACUGUUUUGGAAACACAGUAAGCUUAUCUCCAUUCUACCAUGACAAAGGCAAACUGGUGACUUGGGUUACAGUAUAGAAUUCAGGGAUCUAUGAUCAUCACAUCACAUCAGGUCCAAGGUUUGUUUGGGCUAAGAUUUAUGUGAUACAUACUUUUUCAACAGUUUACUUGAAACAUAGGAAACAUAAAGAUCAUCAAUUGCAAAUGAUUUACACACAUGACUAAACUUGUUGAUUCUUGAGGAAAUGAAACAAACCUUGCACUAUGCUUUUCGAAAUCUAUUUGUGGUAUGACAUCAUGACAUCUGUCAAACAAUACACCAGUGUAUUGUCACAAUCUGAAUGUCAUGUCACUGUACACGAUAGACUUGCACUGUGCCAAAUCCCUUGACUUUCCCAUCUUUAACAAGACAGUAAAUGGUCAUUUAUUUUUCAUUGCUAAUAAAUAUUUUCAUUCAUACUAAUAUUAAUCUAAGAACCAGAACACAGUAUUUUGUUACAAAGGAAGGACCUAGGCGGCUUUGAGACAACUACUGGUGGUGUGGCAGAAGAAGUGAUUUCAAAUAAAUACUUCAUUUUGUGGUGAUGUGUGUUUCAUUAUUGUUCAUGGACCAAUCACAAUGCAGGAUUGUAACUUGUCAUGGUAGAAUGUCCAUAUGUCCCUUUGUCCCUAUCUGAUAUGCAUUGGCAUGUGUGUUUUACAGGGCAGAUCAUCUUAUUUGGACAUAUCUCUGAUAGAUAUCUAUCAGUCCACUGACCAGUAUAGACCAAUAUUGCAAUCUAAUGCUCAGGAAUUUGAGCUGCAAUAGCAUGCUACUUUCUGUUCUUGAAGAAGCUAAUCAGGUGGAGUGAAAAAGCAUGCAUAAUUUCCCCCAAAUCAGGAUCGAAUGUUGAAAGGGCAAGUUAACACAAGAAAGGGCUUUACAUUUGAAUUGGGUAACCUAAUUCAUAUAUGAACAGUGGUUGGCCAGUCGUCUAAGGCAUUGCAUUUUGCUGAGCAGAGUUGUGUCCCUUGGGCACACCAGAAACCUAGGAUUGCGAUUCGAAUCCCGGUUCACUCAGAUUUUGUUUCUAGGUUUGUCAGCAUCAUACAUGUGCUCAUGGGUUUCACCAAUGUGGUCUACGUCUGAGAUCUUGAUCACUUCAGGCUUUCCUCUCACGAUAACUGGGUCAGUGGGAAUAGCCUAGUGGUGUAAGUGUUUGCUCGUCACACCGAAGACCCGUGUUUGAUUCCCCCCAUGGGUACAAUAUGUGAAGCCCAUUUCUGGUAUCCCCUGCCAUGAUAUUGGAGGAAUAUUGCUAAAAGCGGCGUAAAACCAUACUCACUCACUCACUCCCAUGUUAACUGGAAUGCUGUUCAAAGCGGCGUUAAACCCAACUCACUCACUCAUAUCUGAAGCUGAAACAUAGACAUACAUCUUCAGGAUCAAAUUUUCUGGGACGUAUUUUGUUAUCGCACGGACUGUCACAAGGUCUGUCAGUUUGGUUUAUCUCCCUUUAAUCAUGACAUCAUUAGCGUUUUACGAACUAGUUACAUGUUUGACAGUAUGUUUAAAGAUAAACUGAAUGAUGGCCUGUUGGUGAAAAGAAACUAUGUAUUUAGCUGAACAAGUACAAAUUCUUAUGGAUAUACAACUUCAUAUUACAGUGGAGGUGAUGUUUCAAUGUGGAUUCUAACACACUGAUCACUUGCUUAAAAAAGGUGUUGAUUAUCAAACAUAAUUUAAAAGGAAAUGACUUCUACACUUUUUUUCAUUUUAGUAAAGAAUAUUUAACGUGAGGACUCAAUUUUUCUCAGUUUGCUAUUAGCAAAUUUUAUUAUAUUUAUAUUAGUCUAGCAGUUAAUGUCUCUGUUUUAAUAUUAACAUCCUGUCCGGAUCUGAACUGGAAAUACGUGCAAGCCCAUGAAACAACGUCCCUCUAUAAAACGUAAAUUGUUAAAAGAAAGUCUUUUCUUCAACAAUAAAAAAUUGUUUUGGUUAAGUCCUUCUGUGCAAACUUGCCUUUUAAGCAUUGACUGAAAUGUUUGUGUUUUCAUAUUUGACUGUCAUUCCACUGGUUAGAGUCCAAAGGUGAUAUUUUCUGCAGAGGCCAAGGGAAGGGAGAGCACUCUGAAUCUGGGUGCCAACCAAGUGAGGACAAGAACCAGUGGACACGACAGAUGACUUCUCCCGCUUGUUAUAUGUGCAGCGUGAGCAGCCCCGCAUUGUUUACUUGACAAUGGCUGUUUGUGUGUUUGUUUUUUGUGUACUGUUAUGUUUUGAAAUCCAAGCUUAAUUAUUUAUUGUGCAUUACGUCACAGUUACAAUGUGUUGGUAUUAAGCUGUUCUGUCUGUGGUACAUAGUAUUUAUGGUUUUAUUCAAAGUUUUAUAUAUAUGAAAAUAAGUUAUCAAAUGGCAAGUUGUUACAUAAAAUAAAGCCAAUUUGCUCAGGUAUUCAGUACUGGUAAAAGAAUGUUUGAUACCCAUGACUCCUCAUUUAUCAAUAGUGUUUGACACCGAUAACUCAUCAGAAUUGUUUGACACCGAUAACUCAUCAGAAUUGUUUGGUGCCCAUAGUCCGCAAUAUUGUUUGACAUGAUAGCUCUCAUCAAUAUGUUAUUACAUCAAACAGUUGAACUAAUACAGGCUGCACUAAAUGUUCGGGUCUUAGUGUAAUGGUAAUAUUAUUACCAUAUUACUAUUAUGAUAAUUAUAAUAACCUAAGUCACAAGUUACUGUACGUCAGUAGGUCAGUGAUCCACACCUGGGUCUAGGGUAUGUGGAAGAGAGGGGCAAAUGGAAAAGCCAUGUAAUUGGGAGAGGAGCAAGUGGGAAAGAGGCGAAAGUGGGAGAGAGGUGCAAGUGGGUAUUCCCAUCUGCCAUCUUACCCUGUGAGUUGUGGUCAUGUUUUGUUCUCAAUAAAAUACAGGUCACAUGAAGACAAAUUUAAUGUAUAAUAACUUUACAACAACAAAAAAACAUCUAAUGCAAAUCUUUCACACCAGAGGUUUUCGAAUAGUGCAUUGUUUGUGUCAAGUUUUGUUGGACAAGACAUGAACAGGUCACUUUUAUGUAUGCUUCAUUCAUGUAUGCUGAAAUUUUGUCCCUUUCUUGCUAGUAAGCUGAGAAGCCAGGAGGCUGGGUGAUGUGUCAGUCUCAAUAUUUAGUGUGGUUUGUUUUUAAACCAUAUAUUCAACACUCUAGUGAUGAACAUUUAGAAAUUAUUUAGUGUCGAAAAUAAGGUCAAAAUGUUGGCACUGCUGACUUAACGAUGACUUGAGAGAUUACAUUUCAUUUGUUAAAAAAAUUUAAACUGUUACAGCAGAUGAGUCAGACCUGCAUAAAUGGCAGCAUAUGAAUACAGAGUUUGGGCUUGUAUGGAAGGCAGCAUGGACCUGUCGGAGGAUAUGUUUGGAAUGUAUUUCAAAUAGAUGUCGAUUUCCUCAGUCAUUUAGUUAAUACAUUUUGCAUCAAUCAUGUACAACCACCCCUUGAUUUCACUUGUACCAGUACCAACUCAUCAAUGACAUGUUUGUAUAUAAAUAUGAAGGAAGAUGUUGCUUAUUAUGACUGUAAGUAUUAGAAUAAGUUCAAACUUAAUUUGCUUAUUUCCUUUGUGAAAUAUUUCUCUCAACAUAUUUAUUUUGUAUGACUUAGGUACAUAUCCAAAUUAAUUAUCUGGAACCAAAUUCCUUCAAGUUAUGGAUUGCCAAAGAAAGGGUCAUGAAUCUUUAGAUGACUGGUAUGGUCAGAAUAUUUAAUAUGUGCACACACCUCUACAUUGUACUGGAUGUAACCCGACUGUAGUGAUUGAUUCAGUGUGUGGUGUGGUCACUUGAGAUGUCUCUUGAAUACACCAGUUAUAAUAUGUAUGUGUCUGGUCUGAUUGUUGUUUUUACGGAGAUCAACUUUUACCAUUUUCUCAUAAAUGUAUUUGUUACAGGGACUUCUAAGAAAUCAUGUUUGUCAGAAAAUCUUGUUCUUACUAUUAACUAAAUAUAUCCUUCAUGUACAAGCAAUGUAGAUAUUUACCAUGUCAACUAAGUAUUAUGUCAGGCCUUGGCUGGUCGAUAUUGGGAGUUAUACCACUUUGAUCAGUCUGGUUGAUAAAUAGUUAUGAUCACUGUUCAUAUUUAGAUUGUUAGGGAGUGUUGGCAGAUGAGGUUUGUAUGUCUGAGGGCACUUGACACAGUAUUACUGUUGCCUGUUUAUAAUGUGCAUAUCACUAUUUCAGCAUAUGUCUUCUGUGAUUACGACUCAAGCUAUGUUUUGUGAAAGCAAAUAUGGUUUUCCGUGCAUCAACUUGAGUUUAAUGAUUAAAUUUCAGCUUUAGGACAUUCAGUCUGUAGGAUGCAUGAUAAUUAAGGUCCAUUUUCCUGAUAUGUCACCGUUUUGGUUUUGUUUAAAAAAUGUUUGGUAACUCAAAAUGUUCGUCACCUCAGUUGUCCAGAGAUUGUAUAGCAGAACCAGGACAGGUGCUCUGUAACAUUGCAACACCUGUCCUCACAGUUCUGUUUCUGGUUGAAUGUAGCACACUGAAAUAGCAGUAUUUUUACAGUGUCCUGUACAUAAUGUUCCUUUCUUAUAGAAAUAAACACAGGGUUCACUUACCCACCUAAC